CCCAACACUAAACCUAAAAUGGGGCAAACGAGCUUUAGGCGGAAUAUGUCAUUUUGGAUUCCUGUUAAAAAAAAUAAGGUUGAUAUUGCGAAGCACAAGUCUCCAAGGAGCAUUACGCCGUUCUUUGACGCUCUGAGGUGUACGCUUAUUGUAGGUCAAGUGUUCUCCUUGCUUCCAUUUGUUGGAGUAUUCACUAAUAUUGCUAAUAAUGUCAAGUUUAUCAAAACAUCGUGGAAAUGCGUGUACUCCGUACUAUCUCUUAUCGGACAGAUAUUCAUGGCAGUACUCUGUAUCAAUAAGUUGGCGAGGUCUAAUGUCACAUUGAAUGGGACUUCUCCUGUAAUAUUCUACGUGACGACUUGCGUGACGAUGAUGAUGUUCUUCCAAGUGGCUCGGCGCUGGCCACAGCUGGUGCAGCAUAUCGCCAAGGCUGAGGAUAUGGAUCCCAAUUUCGACUGCAGCCUGGCAAGGAAGUGCAAUAUUACCUGCGCCGUGGUACUUAUAUUGGCUUUGUUGGAACACAUCUUAUCUUUGCUAUCAGCAUUCGCUGGAGCCGCUUCCUGCUAUGGCGGCAUGGACACCUACCAAGGAUUCGUCACACAUUUCUAUCCCUGGGUGUUCAGCUAUCUACCCUAUUCCCCAGUCUUAGGAGUUAUUACGCAGUUUCUCCAUUUUCAAUCAACAUUUAUUUGGAACUUUUCCGAUUUGUUUGUCAUCUGCAUGAGUUAUUACUUGACUUCAAGACUGGAACAGGUCAAUAAGAAGCUGCUGGCUGCUCAAGGAAAGACAGAUAUCCGGCGUGCCAGCACUACAACAGAGGAUCUGGUGCACGACUGUAAGGAUCUGCCUUCAUCCGGUGACCUCGUAUAA